UCAAUAAUUUUACUUCGUACAUGAUGCAAACAAACAAAUCAAAAGAUGACAACUAAUGUCUCCCUAAGUGAUAUGGGUUAAGAUGGUUUAUUGUUAUUUGCAUCCACUCAAAUUGAAACAAAGAAGUAAUGCAUUGACCUAUCAAAAGAUAACGAAAUAAAAUAUACACUAAAAACAUAAUGUUUGAGAUAACUCUUAAUUAAGGUCAUAAACCAAUUUAUAUGGCCACAGAAUGUACCAACAAUCCAUUAAAUUGGUAAACCAAAAGGCCUUCAAUGCCUAAAAUAACUUCGUGGUAACCUAAUAGGACAAAUAACGUAUUUCGAUUCUUUUCCACACUCCAUCAAUCUAUUUGAUCCUGGCUACUACCAUAGUGUAGGCUUCAACAAUCCACCUCCCUGCUUCAGGCACUAAAGGGUCAUGAUGUCACCUCCUUGCUAAGCUGCAACAUUUUGCACAUCUACAAAAAGAAAAUUAAUAAGGACCAUGUUUGUUAGACAAAAGCCAAAAAUGGUGUUUUCUUGGCCAGAAGACAUAAAAUCUUUGUUGCAAAGCUAAAUAAUAUAAACUAGCGGCCAGAACAAAUUCAAGUGCCAAUAUAUGUGAGAAAACUCAGGCUGAGUUUGAGAAUGGUUAUCAUAGAAAAAGCAGUAUUUUGCACUAUCUGCCAAGAUUACAUCACCUAGGAAUCCAUGUCUCAAAAAUCCUAGAAUCAUAUGCCAAAUCAUAACUCAUGUAAUGUUCUCACACCCAAUCUCGCAUAGAAGAAGGAAACUAGCUUAAUGAUAAGUCCCAAGUGCAUUAAAGAAAUCUAUCAAUAUUUCUUCAUUUCAACAAUAUAUGUUUCGUAGCACCAUUAUCAAUGUGUUGCAUAAAGUAGCUUGUGGCUAAUUGCUCCAAAUGUUGAAGUAUGUCAUACUCACACUAGUGUAUUGAACAAGGUUCAUCAGUAACCUGCAACUUUGCUUUUGCUAUUUAUUUUAUUUCUGGGUGGAGUGUAAUUUCUUGCUCUGGCCUGGAAACGAACACAAGAACAACCAUAUUGAGAUCAUUAUACUUGGAUGUCAACCAUUAAGGUACGCAUAUGAGCUAAACUGAAGAAAUAGUGUAAAUAUGAGAUAAACUGAAGUAGGCAUAUGAACACCAACAUAUGAGCCAACUUCAAAUUAGCACCUUCAUCAUAGUUCUAAAUUCAACAAGCAAAGUUUCACUCAAAUCCAAAGCAGAUGAAGGCAAAAAUAUCGUAAGAGGCACGAGUAGGUUCCAUGAGGUACUCUACCAGAACAUCGUACAUGCACAUUCAAACCUACAAGGAACCUACAGUGCUACCAAUGAAUGAUAUUGAAUGCGCAAUGAGCUAGACCAGUGAAAGAAGCAUCAUGAUUAAGGGAAAAGGCUCAACAUUUACCAUUGAAGAGAGACCUGAGCCUGGUGUCAUACACGGUGACAAACAAUGGUCCAUCGAUCUCGUUGCCGCUUCAGCAAGUCGUUGUCCAGCUGUACUCAUCCUCGGCCAUGAGAUAGAACCACAUGAUGUUGUUCUGCUCCAUGUAGGGGUAUGAGCCCAGACCCUAGGCCAGCGUUGAUGCUCUUGUGGACCUGCAAGUAUUGAGAGAAAUAAUUAGAUUUACCUUUGUGGCAGUAAAGAAUGGAAGAUUGAUUAAUGAAGGAGGACGAGGAAGUUGUGAUCAGAGGGUGUGGGCGCACCGGGAGGCUGAGUGUGUUGCCUCACAUGGCCCUCCAUGAUGGCUAUCUUGCCCAAGCCGAUCUUGCCGAUGAGGAUGUGGUUGUUCAUAGUGAGGCCGGAGAGGAUGGUGAUCUCUGCAACUUCAGUUGAUAUAGUCAUUGUGAGAAUGAUGUAAAAAAGCAACAUAAGUAGCUUAUAGAUUUUUCUUAUAGAAAGAAAAACUACAUAUAAAUGAAAGAUGCAUAAUAUACAAUCCUGCACAUACGGCCAUGACAACAGGAAAAAAAAUAUCUAUGCAUCUGAAUAUCGAGGAGAAACAUUUACAAUAAAACUACAUUCUUUCCCAAAAUUUUGAUCUGAUAAAACAACUUUAUACCUUUUUCCCAUCACACAACGGCACAAGGAAGCACAAUAGUGUCAAAUUAACAAAAAUUCAACUGACCUUAACUGCAUGAUCCUGAAAGAGGUGUAUUAUUGGUGAUAUAUAGCCCAUAGUCACCGGGAACGUGGAACCAUGCCGUGUUCCUCGUCCCGGGAACAUCGUCCUAGUUUCGGGAACGCGAGAACAAUUUGGUUAUCGCCUUGCCAAAAUCUUUCACAAGUAGCGUACCUCGUUCCUCGACCCUAUUGACCCGAGAAUUUGGUGACUAUUAUAGCCUCCAAAUCUCCUUUUGAAGAUCGUCUUGAGCAAUCCACAUAGAGCCUCUGCCUGUGCUCAUACACAUAAACCAACAUACCCCCCUGGGGGCACACAUACACAUCACGUAUUUCAUCAUUUUAAUGGAAGUGGUGACCCUGUUACCAAAUUCUUAACUAAAAAGGUUUGAUACAAUCUUGUAAACUACAAAGGCUCCAAUAGACUCAUACGAUAAGCUAGAAAAUAGUGAGACUACCAACUGAACUAGUUUAAUUGGACCAGGCAAUUCGUUGAACAAGUUUUGUGCAAGAUGAAGGGUUAACACUAGUGGAGGGAAGAUUGAGUUGGAGAGGGAAUGGGAAGGGAAAUUACCGGUGCAUGGCAGAAGUGUUCCUCGAACUCACGCCGCUUGGCAAUGGGUCUGGGCGGUGGCGUCCUUGCGCUCCCCGUUGUUGAUGUGGGCGGCCUUGGCGCGCGCCUCUGCCUUGCGCAGCCGCUCGGCCUACUGUAGCUGUACAUCAUAGGCAUUCCUCAGCACGUCGCGUGUGUUCCUCUCGAGCUGCUGCUCCAAUCGCGCCCACUCCUCCUGCCUCUCGGGGGUGACCUGUGGGUUCCCAGCUCCUCAGGUCUGCCCUCGCAAGGUCCUGCGUGCAGGUAUGGAAGCGGCGGUGGUGGUGUCGUGAUGACACUCUAGCCACAAAAUCUGGCAUCGCGAAAGGCGACGGGGUUCCCUCUCGGCCCGGGCGUCGGAGGAGGAGCAGAGGCCGAAGUGAGGGCAAGAGAGAGGAGAGCUGUCACGUGGGGAAGGGAUGAGGACGAGCGGGAUAGGGAUCGAGAGGAACGCGAAUAUCAUGCGAGGAAACGGGCUGAAUGGGAUGCGCACGGGACGGGACCCCACAUGUCGGCGCUUAGGAUCAUGAGGGAGAGGGAGCGAGUGGAAGAAAAUCUUUGACGCGGGAGGAAGGAAAACUACUGACUUUUUAAGUAUCUAACAGAUCAGCUACAAAAGGUUCAUGCUGUCAAUGAAGCUAAUAAGGAUUUUGUGAUUGAAGCAUUGAGAUCAAUUGCAGAACUGAUGAUAUAUGGUGACCAGCAUGAUCCCUCUUUUUUUGAAUUUUUUAUGGAGAAACAGAUCAUGGGUGAAUUUGCUCGUAUAUUGAGGAUUUCUAAGUUGUCAAGAGUGUCACUCCAGUUGCUACAGACAAUGGGUAUCAUGAUCCAAAAUUUAAGAAAUGAACAUUCAAUUUACUAUAUUUUUAGCAAUGAGCACAUCAACUUCUUGAUAACAUACCCUUUCGAUUUUCGAAUUGAUGAGAUGCUUUCGUACUACAUAUCCUUUCUACGGGCAAUAAGUGGGAAGUUGAACAAGAAUACGGUUUCUUUGCUUGUGAAGACGAAAAAUGAUGAGAUCACUUCCUUUCCUCUUUACGUUGAGGCCUUAAAGUUUGCUUUUCACGAGGAUAGCAUGAUUCAAGUUGCGAUACGUACCUUGACACUCAAUGUCUAUCAUGUUGGAGAUGAAUCUGUUAACAGAUUUGUUUCCCGUGUGCUGCUGUCCGAUUAUUUUUCAGACAUGAUCCAGCAUUUUCAGAAGCAGUGCAUUGACUUGGAUAAGUUGGUUGUGCGUUCUUCACGAAAUGCAAAUUCUUCUCCGCCAAUGGCCUCUGUUGAAGAUGCGAUUGUGCAAAUUGAAGAUACACUGUAUUAUUUCAGUGAUGUUAUGUCUUCUGGUAUUCCUGACCUUGAAAGGUUCAUCACUGAAAAUAUCUUACAAGUUUUGGUAUUUCGACUCUUACUCCCAUCAUUGCAGAGGCAGAGCACAGAUUUGGGCAUAAGCGUCACUACUUCCAUGUAUUUGCUUUGCUGUAUACUCCACAUUUUUAAGAACAAAGAUAUGGCAAGUACUGUAGCUACUGCUCUUUUUCAUCAACCUGAUUGCGCUGAUAGUAAGCAAGAGACACCUAAUGGUUGUAACUCUGAGCAUGAUAAUUGCAUAUCUGAGAAUCGGUGCAGCAGUGCUUCUGCUGUUGAGCAAUCAGAUGAGGACAAGCCGAAUAGGCAAUGCUUGCCAGAGCAUUCGUCGCCAAGUGAUUGCUGCCAAGGUAACACACCGAGGGAAUACUUGCUGUCCUAUAUCACAUGCGGAGAUGAUUCACAAGCUUUGGGUUCAUUGUGCUUAUUUGCUACAUUGUUGCAGACGAAAGAACUUGAUGAGUCAAUGCUGGAUGCACUUGGAAUACUUCCUCAAAGAAAGCAGCAUAAGAAGCUUCUGUUACAAGCUUUAGUAGGUGAAGACCUUGCUGAAAGACGGUUAUUUUCAUCCAGUAGCGGUCUCACUGAUGAUAGCAUUUGCAGUGAUUUUGAUAUUUAUGUAAGGAAGCUUCAGGAUAAAUAUGGGCUACAAUGUCAUCAUCCACGACAAAUGACUCCCAAAGUUCACAUAUACCAGGUGCUCGAUGCGUUAGUCUCCCUUUUCUGCAGAUCAAAUGUAUCUGCAGAUGUUCGCUUGGUUGGUGGCUGGCUUUUCCGGCAACUGCUGCCCCACGGAGAGGAUGAAUUCACUGCUUUUCAUCUAAGACGGUUAAAGGAUUCACACAAGGAUUGCAGUGCAAAGCUUUCGGAUGAAUCUGGAGGAUGCUGGUGCGACGUGCUUCUUCCUAUUGUUAAAGAGGCUUGGAGGAAUUGCAAGAAAGCAAUUGAGGCAUCUUCACCACCAAAAGAAUCCAAGUCUAUUAUUGUACCCUUGGAUUUGAGUUCAUUUGGAGGUGACUCUUCCAUUGCUAUCGCAGAGAAAAUAUAUGAGUUGAUUAAGUAUUUUGUGCUACAACAUCAAGUUAUACUCUUCUGCCUUGGAGAAACUUUCACUGAUCAGCCUCCUAUUUACUCUCCAACGGACUUGCCUUUAAAUACCAGAGCAAGUGCUGCAGAUUUUGAUGGUUCGGUGCCCAAGCCUGGGCUUGAAAUCAACUUAGUUGAUGCGGUUCCUUGUCGAAUAGCGUUUGAAAGGGGCAAAGAACGUCACUUCUGCUUUUUAGCCAUAUCUAAAGGAACUUCUGGGUGGAUUCUUCUUCUAGAAGAAUUACCUCUCAAGCAAGAACGUGGAAUUGUACGCGUCAUUGCUCCUUUGGCUGGAUCUGAUCCAAGAAUAGACGAAAAGCAUGCAAAGUGGUUGCAUUUACGCAUUCGUCCUUCUUCAGUUCCCUUUUUGGAUACUGAAAAAUAUAAAGGGAAGACAAAGAAGUAUCUUGUUGAUGGUAGAUGGACCCUUGCUUUUAGUGAUGAGCAAUCUUGUAAGGCAGCAGAGGCUAUGGUUAUCGAAGAGAUGAAGCUCCAGAAAGAUGCUAUUGGAAAACAAUUGAAGCCAUUGGUUGAAUUUGACAUGCCUGAAGAUGGAUUGCAUGAAACCCAUUCUGAUGAUGGAUCAUGACUUAAAAUUAGAAGUUCCAUCAAGUACAGCAUUGAACUUCUAAAUUGUGGCGACAGGAGAACAUGUCGCCUCCAUCUUGGUGAGUAAGCCAUCAAAUUCUGUACAUUACAUCGGCAGGUUAGAGAGGUCUCCUCGUUAACACACACUGUAGAGUUUUCGACCAUCCUGAGUCAAAUUAGCUCGAUAGGAUUCUUUGUACAACAGCUUGUAUGUGUCCUUUGUCCCUUGUAAUCUUACACAUCAAAAAUCCAUUCUUUGAUAAGCUUCAGGGCAGUUUGCCAUGUACACUAAUUGUUCAAAGAGUUUGCAGGUAGUCGUACCUGUUGUCAAAACUAGCCCUGCCUUUAGUAAUAAUAUUUGAGCUCUUCCAUAA